AUGGUUAACGACGUUAUAGUUGGGGUUAAUAUUGUCGUGGACGUUAUGGGUGUGGUUAAUAUUGUCGUGGACGUUAUGGGUGUGGUCAAUAUUAUCGUGGACGUUAUGGGUGUGGUCAAUAUUGUCGGGGACGUUAUGGGUGUGGUUAAUAUUGUCGGGGACGUUAUGGGUGUGGUCAAUAUUGUCGUGGACGUUAUGGGUGUGGUCAAUAUUGUCGUGGACGUUAUGGGUGUGGUCAAUAUUGUCGUGGACGUUAUGGGUGUGGUCAAUAUUGUCGUGGACGUUAUGGGUGUGGUCAAUAUUGUCGUGGACGUUAUGGGUGUGGUCAAUAUUGUCGUGGACGUUAUGGGUGUGGUCAAUAUUGUCGGGGACGUUAUGGGUGUGGUCAAUAUUGUCGGGGACGUUAUGGGUGUGGUCAAUAUUGUCGUGGACGUUAUGGGUGUGGUCAAUAUUGUCGUGGACGUUAUGGGUGUGGUCAAUAUUGUCGUGGACGUUAUGGGUGUGGUCAAUAUUGUCGUGGACGUUAUGGGUGUGGUCAAUAUUGUCGUGGACGUUAUGGGUGUGGUCAAUAUUGUCGUGGACGUUAUGGGUGUGGUCAAUAUUGUCGUGGACGUUAUGGGUGUGGUCAAUAUUGUCGUGGACGUUAUGGGUGUGGUCAAUAUUGUCGUGGACGUUAUGGGUGUGGUCAAUAUUGUCGUGGACGUUAUGGGUGUGGUCAAUAUUGUCGUGGACGUUAUGGGUGUGGUCAAUAUUGUCGUGGACGUUAUAUUAAAGAACAAGCCUUGCUUCGACAGAAAGCAAAGUACACAAUGCCUUAAGCCAAUUUGA